AUGUCGCCAGUGGAAAUUCUGGCCCAGUACUCGAUGGAGAACGACGUUGUGGAAGGCCCCGAAUAUGCCAAGUUGAAGAACCUCGCCGAGAAAGAUGUCGAAGUCAUCUGCAAUGCUCCGCCAGGCCCUAAUGUUUGGAUGCCGAUUCUCGACUACGAGUUCCCGGUAGAUAUACUCCUGGCCGGCGAGGACCUGCUGUUCAACUCGACGGGUGGUCCCUCGGCCUGUCAGCCGGUAGCAUGCGAAAAGAGCAGCGGAGGUGCCAUUUACUUCUGCAACGACAAUCCCGACCCCAUCAUUGUUUUGUUUGUGGACAUGGGCGUGCUCGCCGCCAAGAUCUACAGCCAGUGCCCCAAGCAAGAGCCCUCGGGCGCUGAGAUCAACAAGGGUCAGGCAUUUUCGCCAGACAACUGGAACGUGUUCUUCGGGAGCAUUGAUCCCUGCACAAUGGAAAGUGGCAAGAAGUAA